AUGGCCGCUUACCUCGGGGAGAAAUCGCUAGCAGAUGUACACCACGAGGGACUGGAUGAGAUCCUGUCUGAAUUGACCCAGUUCUAUCCUGGUCUCGCAAGCCAUGACUCGCAUUCAUUGGGCGUACCUGUUUUAGAUGCAUUGCUUGAAAUCUUUGCACCCAAAAAAUCCGCUGUACCACCCAAUGCACUAGGGGAUCGACUCCAAUCUCGAAGGGAGCUUGAUCAGGACCAGUUGGGAGAAUUCCUUACUGAAGAUGAGGAAAUGCUCUUGCAUAGCCAAGCUCAAACCGAUCACAUCGAAAUGCCGGGUGAAGUACACCUGCCAGACGAGACAGACCCUUCUGCCACCUUGUCCCCGGACCCUGAGAGCAUCAAGAAACGACCACUCCCUGUUGUGGAGAUCUCGAGCAGCUUGUCAGCCUCAGGGAAGUCACAGCUCUUGUACUAUCUGACUGCGCUCGCAAUCUUACCGCGCAAUCAUGGUGGUUUACCACUGGGUGGCCGGGAGUCAGCUGUGAUUUUCAUAGACACUGAUAACCGGUUUGACGCCGAGAGAUUGCGAGUUGUGGCUCGAGGUAUAAUACUGCAGCAACAUCUAAAAUCUGACCCUGAUGCAAGGGAUCAGCCGGCAGGAGCAACGCUGGGCCAUGAGCUGGAAUCGCUGCUCGUCUCUUCGCUGCAGCAUGUCCAUGUCUUUCGCCCACAGUCUUCCUCUGCUCUUCUAGCUACGUUACACAGUCUAGAUACCUACCUGUUUGAUCUCUCGAGACAUCGUUCCGCCUCACGUGCCCUGCAAAUGAUCGCCAUAGACAGCGCCACUGCUUUCAUCUGGCAAGAUCGGCUCCGCGACGAAAUUGCUCGGAUUGAGGAGAUUGGGCGUCCUCGGGCAGAGGUCGAUCGCGAGCGCGAGCGGAACCAGAGCUUCCACUUGUCUGAUCUUUAUGUUGAGUUGGCGAUGGUGCUGAAGCGACUUCAGGGUCUGUUUCAGUGCGCAAUUGUGUUCACAACGAUCUCGGGGACCCGUGCGGCUCCAUCUAGUGAUGGUCAAUCGGGUCCUGGUCUAUACGACUGGCCCCAAUCACGGAUUCCUGCAUUACGGCCUGCUCUCCCAGCACCAUGGGGUAUAUUUCCAACCUUGCGUCUAAUUGUCCACCGGUCGUCUGUUCGUCCAUUUCCACCAAGCAUGGCCCCCCAAGCUGCGAUCAAGGAUGCCCAUUCACGACAGAGCGUGGUUCACCAAGGCAAGAUAUCGGUUUGUGUCAAUGCAUGGGGGCGCGUUGAAUGGCCCCGUCAGGUGGUGGAAGCCAUUGAGGCGAACAAUGGGGGAAGCUUUUCAUUUUACGUGCGUGAGUCCGAUAUUGAGAUACCCAAGCCUGAUGAAUGA